AUGUUUCUACUCGCCACUUUUCUGGCAUCGGCAGUGACUGCUACGAGUCUUGCCAAGCUAGGUUGCACUACCGACACCGUUCAUGCCGGGGUCUCCACCAACGGCACCAUUCGUAUGAAUGAAAAUCCACUACUACCGUUUGAUUCUCCGAUGACGAAUGGAUUUAACUCUACGGUUGGAGAGGAGUGGUCAUUCGAAGCUGUGUCCGAAGAUGGGAAAGCCGGGAUGGGUUGGAUGCUCAGCCGCGGCACAAUCGCCGGAAAGCCCUUGGCCCAACGCUCUAUCAUCACUAUUGUCUGGCCCAACGGGACGAGAUAUAUGGAGUCUGAUUUCGCAGACGUCUCUACAAUUCAAAUGUGUAAAGACUCGACGAUUGGGACAUGGUCUAAUGAGACCUCGGGGAUGAACUGGAGUUUCGAGUCAUCCAACGACUACUCGCAUACGGUUGUUACGAUCGACUCAGCUACCAUCAAAGGGACAAUUACAUUGGAUUCACUGAGUCCUGCUGUAUAUCCGAAUGGCCUUGUCUACCCUGAUAGCCGUGGAAACGCCCUGUUCGCACCCUAUAUCUACUGGGCUGAGACUGUGCCCGUUGCGACCACCGAGGUCAAUCUUGUCGUCAAUGGGACUCCAUACACCACCAAAGGUAUCGGGGGUAGAGAGCGCAACUGGAAUUCUUUCAAUUGGGCCUCGUUGAGCUUGACUUGGAACAUGCUUAGGGCGACUGCUGGCCCAUAUACUCUUAUGGCCUGGGUUUAUACAUCAAAAGUCGACGGGCAGACGUACUUCACCAGCAUGAUUAUGGAAGGAAAGGAAGUGGUAUUCCGUACCCAGGAACGAGAGGCAUCGACAACCAGCACAUUCGGCUCGUUCGACCUAGCAUACGGCGGAGCCGUCCAUUUGACAUCGGACCCAAGCGGGGAGCCUUUGCCUCCGUCAAAGCACACGGGAUAUGUGCUAGAAAUGGUGGAUCCAGAGGCCAACAAACAUUGGAAGUUCGAGAUUGAUUACACACAGACUGUGUAUUUAUUCCCGUCCAGUAAUGUUACAAGGGUUGGUGGAUUCGUUGGCGCACUGAAGGGAGGCUUGGUUGGUGGACCUCAGUACUUGGGACGGGCCAGUGGAAAUGUGCAGGAUAUGAUUUGA